AUGCCAAAUAUUCCUGCUAAUUCGACAUGGGCACAGAAUGGUGUGACUGUUGCUGGACGGAGCGAAGGAGACAAUUCUACCAAUCAACUCUGGAACGCUGGUGGGCUCUUCGUUGAUGAUGAUGAAACGGUGGUUAUUGCUGACAGUUGGAAUCAUCGUAUUAUCCAAUGGAAGAAAGGUUAUGCGCAUGGACAAAUUGUUGCUGGUGGCAAUGAUAAAGGCAUUCGAUUAGAUCAACUGAAUGAGCCAUCUGAUGUAUUAGUCGACAAAGAGACGGAUAGUGCCAUUAUUUGUGAUCGAUGGAAACUACGAGUCGUACGAUGGUCUCGUCAUAAUGGCACAAAACAAGGAGAAAUCCUCAUCGACAACAUCGAUUGUUACGGAUUGGCCAUGGAUGAUCAGAGAUAUCUCUAUGUCUCCGACUACAGAAAAUUCGAAGUAAGACGAUAUGGAUUGGGAGACAAAAAUGGCAUUCUCGUGGCUGGUGGUAACGGCGGUGGUAUUGAUCUCGGUCAACUCAAAUUUCCGAGCGCAAAAGAAGGUAUUGUCGUCGCUGGAGGUCACGACGCUGGGAAUGCAUCGACACAAUUGUCAUAUCCUAAGGGAAUCUUUGUCGAUAUGUUAGGUACAGUCUACGUGGCAGAUAAUUGGAGUCAUCGUGUUAUGCGUUGGCCUUCAGGAGCGAAACAAGGCGAUGUAAUUGCGGGCGGAAAUGGCUAUGGACUAGAAGCAAAUCAGUUCGCCUACCCUGUGGGUCUGUCCUUCGAUCGAAAUGGCAAUCUCUAUGUCGUCGAUCAAUUUAAUCGUCGUGUUCAACGAUUUUCUCUUGUAUAG